AUGAUUGGUUUCGAGUGGCUGGAAAUCCAAUACCGUCUUAUUACUGUGUUGGCCUUUCUUUCUUUGUUCUGCAAUGUGAUCCUCAUCAUUCUGAUCUAUUUGAAAUCUCCAAAGAAGUUGGGACCAUAUAAACAUCUUAUGACAUUCAUAUCAAUCUUUGAGAUUUGUUAUUCGAUCAUUGAUUAUCUGGUUGUUCCAGUCAUGCAUUCCUACGGGACAUCUUUCUUUAUCAUGACUCCUCUUUCUCAUUCGCUUUUUGAAAAACCAGUUUCUUUGAUAAUGCUAGGUGUAUGGUGUGCAUUUUACGGAUCAUCGAUGGCUCUAUUUGGAAUUCAUUUCAUUUACAGAUACUUGGCAGUUAGCGGAAACAAGAGGAUUUCCACUUUCAAAGGUUUCAAAAUAGUAGCAUGGUUGAUUGUUCCAUUUAUUUUCGGAACUAUUUGGGGUACCAUAUCUUAUUUUUGUUGUGGACCCAAAGCGGUAACGACCAACUACAUAAGAGAUAAUUUGAUGCAAGAGUUUAGUUUAUCUGUAGAAGACGUCACUUACAUGGGUCCCUAUUUUUUCAAUGAAAAUGGAGGAUUUCUCUUUGACACUGAUGUUGUCAUGACACUCGUUGGAGCAACAUCAAUAAUGGGUACUUCUUUAAUGACAAUUUUCUUCUAUGGCUGGAAAUGCUAUAAAGCACUUUCAGAUGUUACCACAUCCGGUGGAUUCUCAAAACAGUAUCGUGCUCUACAGCGACAAUUUUUCCUGGCAUUAGUUCUCCAAACAGUUAUACCAAUUACUCUAAUGCAUCUUCCACUUCUUAUCACAUAUUCUGGAGCUCUUUUUAACGUUGGUUUGGGAAGAAUGAGCAGUAUCACUUCCAUUACCAUUGCAUUAUACCCUGUGAUCGAUCCUCUUCCGUCUAUUUUCAUAAUCAAAAACUAUAAGGAAGGCUUGAAAAAGUUCCUGAUGACUCCUGUGAAAUUCUGUCUGACUGUGAAAAAUAAGAAAGCAGUGAAUGUUGCCCAUAUCGACGGUACCAGCUCCAGACGAACUUCUAAGUUGCCAGACGAUGAUAAUGUCUCUGUAUGGGGAGAAAUUUAA